GUAUCUUUCAUAACUUUGUCAACACCCAUUUAUUUGUGCUUUAAAAGGCAGCUCUGUGCACCAAGUCACUCAUUCUCUCUUCUCAGCAGAGCCACAGGAAGAACCUUCAGAAACACUUGCCUUCUCCAGCCUCUCUCUCCUCCAGUCAUCAUUCAAAAUGAACAAGAUCAUUGUUUUUAGCAAAGAUGCCUUUGAGGGCAGAACAGCUGAAUUCAAGAACGACGUUCACAACUUAGAAGAAAAGGGCUUCAACGACGUCAUUUCGUCCAUAAAAGUCAUUGGCGCACCAUGGGUAGCGUAUUAUGACAAGAACUUCACUGGAAAGCAGCGGGUGUUUGAGGAAGGAGAGUACGCUAUCCUUGAAGACAAGGGACGGUUUUCCUCCCUCAAGAUGAUCACAGAUGACCUGGACAACCCUGAAAUCCAGCUGUUUCAGUGUGCAAACUACGGAGGAAGGAGCGUGAUCCUACGCAAAGAAACCAAUCUUCACGACAUUGAUUUCAGUGACACCACUUCCUCCCACAAAGUGAAAGGUGGUGUCUGGGUGCUGUACCAGCACGUCAGUCGUCAGGGUGCCCAGCUGGUGUCUUUCCCUGGGGAUAAAGUUCCCAGCUAUUUCUCACUUUCCUUCAAUGAUGUGGCCAGCCACGUGCGUCCCUUGCUGCCGAAGCCAUAGACAGCAUCAUUCAAAGUAUGAGUUUUUGCAGCUGAAUAUGAACUGGAACCCUAUUGGAAAGAACGAGACUGGUGGUGGGGAAUGACUGAUCUUGACAAGAAACAAUGACUGUGACUCCAAUAAGUCUGAAAAAAAAAAAAAGAAGUCAUGACUCAACUUUAUAAUAUCUGUGCAAAGACAUACUGCACAUGUUAAUUUGACAGAUCUUGUAUGAUAAGGAUGAAUUUUAUUGGUAAAAGUUGCUAUAGCCAUUGGUAUCAACAAACACAUGCCAUAAAAUACAGCUUUGGAAUUGUUACAGAUCUGCUAAAGGUCCUAUUGUCAUG